GGCCAUGUACGACAUGUUUGUCAUUGAAGUCGGCGGCAUUUUCCAUUGAGAACGAACUAUUUUAUCAACAAACAUUUAAUCAGAUUAAACGUUUUGAACCCUCGACCAAGGUGUUUAAAACAGUCACCACCAUCUCCGAUAGUAAUAAGUUUUAUUUUUGUUGUCCGAAAAAAGUAUAAUUUUUUGAAGUAAAAAAUUCAGUAAAAAAGAAAUGCAUUGAAAGUGGUCAAGUAUAUAGUUGUGUCAAAACAAAGUUUUAUGAAACCAAAAAUUUCAUUUCUAAAAUUUUAAAAAUGGUGGAUCAUCACUGUCAUUUUAUAAUGUCUUCCCAGCAUACAUUGGAUAAACGCCAAUGGAUAGCGACGACUCAAGACCAGGCUCUUCAGCCUCGAAUUCGUCAUCUUCGUCGAAUACUUCAAAGCCAGCAUCACCCUCAUUCCGUGCAUCUCGUUCUAAAUCGAAAUCGAGUGGUUCCCGAUCUUCGUCCGCUUCAAGUGAUGCGGCUCCAUCAUCGCCAAUCAAUGGUCGACAAAGCAUUAGCCCAGUGGCCAACCAUGAAAUAAAAUCCGUAUCGCCGAUCGACGACGCGAAUAAUCGGUCCCGAUCCCAAUCGAGAGAAUCGAUUCGUUCACAAUCAUCUGAUGGCAGUCGUCAGUCAGGCCGAAACAGUCCGACGGACCGAUCGGUGUCUAGGAAUCAAUCGAUAUCACCAGCACGGAACAGAAGCGAAUCGAAGAGCUCUGUGUCCAGUGUUAGUGAUAACGACGAUGAUAAGGAUGAUUUGCAGAAUGGCGAGAAGAGGAUGGAUGGACCCCGUGCCAUAAGUCACGAGGAUUUGAGUGAUGUUAGCGACUUGGAAAGCCCGUUGUCACAGCACGAUGACGACGAAAAAGGAGAUGAACACGAAAACGAUGACGAUGAGCUCGAAAAACGGACAAUAACCGACCUGAGACAGAAAUUAGAUGAAAGGAAAAAUCAGCUGAAAGCCAUCGACGACGAGAAAAUCAACACAUCGCCAACAAAAAUGGAAAUUGCCGAAAAGAAAAACGAUGAGGACGCUCUCGACUUCGAGGCAGAAGAGGGCGAAUGCAAUGAAAUCAUUCACGAAGACAAAAGUGAAACAAAAGAAGAAGAGAAAAAGGACACGGAUGGCGAAGUCGAAGAGGGAGAAGAACUGGAAGAAGGUGAAGUUAGCGAUGAGGACGAGAAACGCCCAGAAGAAACAGAACCGAAACCAGUCUGCCGAUUUUACACACGUGGUCAGUGUACAUGGGGCAUGAGUUGCAGAUUCCUACAUCCUGGCGUUACAGACACCGGAAACUAUUCCAUGUUUGACAUGGUUCGGCCAGUUCCUAUACCACACUCGGGUCCUUACCCACCAACUGGAUUCCACGAUUAUCGCAACGAUCGUCCACCUUUGCAUCAUGGCAUGCCAGCACAUCAUUCUGGUUUCGGAGCACCGAACCGACCACCAGUUGCUGAAAACGCUUCGGAGAGUGCAUGGGAACGGGGUCUUCGCACAGCAAAAGAAAUGAUGAGAAAGGCCAUCAAGCGAAAGGAACAGGACAUGGACUUCGAAGACAAGAAGAUGAAUCUCUCAGCGGCACAAGAUGAAUUGGAGAAAGACAAUUACUACACGCGUGAUCGUGCGUCUCCCGAAUCAUUGCAGGGAUCACCAAAAUAUCUGCCACCGAAAGCUGCACAUUUCGAGGCUGGCUACAGUCCACCACCCAAAUAUCCUCCACGCGUACCAUUCGGCGAUGAAUACGGUAGUCCGGUGCGUUACCGAGAAUUGCCACCGCACAGAAUGCCACAGUAUGAGAAUGAUCGUCGCAUUCGUCCAGCCAGAGAAGUGAUUGUGCAGCGAGAACCGAUUGGUCGCGGUGACGAAUGGAACGAUCCGUGGAUGCGAUCAAAGUCUCCGGGACGUGGUGACAAACGGGGUCGACGUGAUCGUCGCAGUUACAGCAGCAAUUCAUCGUACAGCAGUUCUAGUUCAUCUCGUUCGGGCAGCAGCAAUUCGGCAUCAAGCCGUUCACCUUCACCGAAUGCUAAGCGCCGACGAUUCAACAGUGAACAGAGCGGUGGACGCAAAUCGCCAAUUUCGGCGAGACGACAUGCGAAACGAUCACCGUCACCGAAACGUCGCCAUUCACCAAUACCGCCACCGGAUGCCGUUUUUGAUAACAAAAAUAAAGAUUUCCGAAAUCAUCCGGCAUCGAACAAACGACCGCAUGCAGCAGCUGCCAGACGAUCACCGCCACAAGUGGGUAGAAAGCGUAACAUAUCACCACCUAUGCAGGACAAACGUGCACGGCUGAGUCCAUUAUCCAGAAGGAAGAGGCCGUCACCAAUUGCAUCACGCAAAUCCGUUACAAAUGACAAACGGAAGAGACGAUCGAGUUCCACAGAUUCUGGCUCAUCAGAUUCUAGCGGCUCAGAAUCGGGAUCAUCGUAUUCAUCAAGUUCGAGUAGUUCAACAACACGUCGUACUGUUGUUAAAAAUGCACCUCGUUCCCGGGACAAACCAUCAAUCGACAAAAAAUCCGUGACAAGCAAAAAAGUGGAAUCUUCAAAGAAACGUUCACCGGUUGUUAUACCAGAAACCAAAGCAUCUGCUGGUACGACAUCAACAGCUAAUGCAUCGUCGUCUUCGUCAAAAACCACGCGUCGAGAGGAGUUACUAAAGCAAUUACGAGCAGUUGAAGAUGCUAUUGCAAGAAAGAGAUCAAAGAUAACGUAGUCGUUGAGGUCCAUAGCUGCGCCAGAUAGGAAAUGAACUGGCCAAUACUGGACUGCACACACGGUGCAGUUUCUGCGUUGCAGAGUUAUUUCUUUCUCAGCUUUUUACGUUGAAUGAAUGUUUGUAUUAAGGAAUUAUUGUAACAAAAAACAUCAAAAAACAAAAGAAAUUGAUUUUUUUCCAUUGAACCGUAAUAAUUAACGAAUUAGAGUUACAUUGCAAAUGAA